UCAUCGCAGCUCCUCCUCCGCGGCACGGGGACUAGUUUUCAACCGGACAGUAAAUUUUCGCCGGGACAUGAACACAACAUGAUGGAUUUAUGACAGACUUCACCCAAAGCUGCGCUGCCACAGAUCCGACAGGCUUCUUCUCUCCUAAACUGACUUUGACUCUUGAAUUCAGGAUGACUUUAUUUUUGCUAUUCAUUUUAUUAACUGUUGAAAGGAGUCGGUCAGUGGUGUCGGGACAGGGCAGCGUUUACACAAACCACUGGGCAGUGCGGAUCACAGGUGGUCAGGAACAAGCUGAUAGAAUCGCAGCUAAAUAUGGAUAUAUAAACUUUGGACAGAUAGGAAGCCUGGAGGACCAUUACCAUUUCCACCACAGCAGAGUGGUUCGCAGAGCUGCGUUCUCUUUGAAGGGCCCCCACAGCUUCAUCCAUAUGGAUCCUGAGGUGGACUGGGCUCAGCAGCAGGUGGUUAAACCACGAGUAAAGAGGCAUAUCCAAAAUGACCCAAGCUUCAUUCAUUUCAAUGACCCUAAAUGGUCCAACAUGUGGUACAUUCACUGCAAUGAUAAGAGCAGCCGUUGUCGCUCAGAGAUGAACAUUCUAGCAGCCUGGCAGAGGGGCUACACUGGCAAGAACGUGGUGGUCACCAUAUUGGAUGACGGCAUCGAGAGGAACCAUCCAGAUCUGGCCCAGAACUAUGACCAUCUAGCAAGUUAUGAUGUCAAUGGAAGAGACCAUGACCCUUCACCACGUUACAACUCCCGCAAUGAAAAUAUACAUGGGACUCGGUGUGCAGGGGAAGUUGCAGCGGCGGCCAACAACUCCCACUGCAUUGUUGGGAUUGCCUAUAAUGCUCACAUUGGAGGGAUUCGGAUGCUGGAUGGUGAUGUGACUGAUAUGGUAGAGGCCAUGUCCCUGGGAAUCCGACCCGACUACAUCGACAUCUACAGUGCCAGCUGGGGGCCAAAAGACGAUGGCAAGACAGUGGACGGCCCAGGGUUGCUAACGAAGAAGGCUUUUGAGCAUGGCAUCAAGAAGGGCCGCAAAGGCCUGGGCUCCAUUUUUGUCUGGGCGUCAGGUAACGGUGGACGGCAGGGUGAUCACUGUUCAUGUGAUGGCUACACCAGCAGUAUCUACACCAUCUCCAUCUCCAGCACCACAGAGAACGGGAACAAGCCGUGGUACCUGGAGGCCUGCAGCUCCAUCAUGGCCACGACAUACAGCAGUGGAGAGUUUCACGAGAGGAAGAUCGUGACCACUGACCUCCGACACCGCUGCACUGAUGGUCACACUGGCACCUCUGUCUCUGCUCCCAUUGUGGCUGGAGUCAUUGCUCUCGCCCUGGAGGCCAACCUCUUGCUGACAUGGAGGGAUGUGCAACAUCUUCUGGUGAGAACAUCCAGACCAGUCCACCUGAAAGCUGAUGACUGGAAGACCAAUGCGGCGGGACUCAGAGUCAGCCACCUGUAUGGUUUUGGCCUGGUGGAUGCAGAGGCCAUGGUGCUGGAGGCUAGGAGGUGGAGGACUGUUCCUCCUCAGCACACCUGCACUCAGAUACCUGAGAGACGCACCAGGUACAUCCAUGCUGGCCAGAGUCUGAACAGCAGCAUCACCACCUCUGGAUGUUCAGAAGAUGCUGAGCAGCAUGUGGCUUACCUGGAGCAUGUGGUGGUCAAGGUUGUGAUUGCCCACCCACGAAGAGGAGACCUGGAGAUCAACCUCAUCUCUCCGUCUGGGACGAGAUCGCAGCUACUGGCCAAGAGGUUGUUUGACAGCUCCAGUGAGGGCUUCAGGAACUGGGAGUUCAUGACCGUUCAUUUCUGGGGUGAGAGGGCUGAGGGCACAUGGACUCUGGAGAUUGUUGACUCACCAUCAAAGCUACGCAACCCUGAGGUGCUGGGCAACCUUAAAGAAUGGACACUGAUCCUUUAUGGCACAACUCAGAACCCUUACCCACCCAACAGUGCUCAGCACUCCCGUUCAAGGAUGCUGGAGAUCCCAGAGGAGAUCCUGGAGGAGCCAGAGCUGGAAGAGGAAGAUGAGUACAAUGGACCAUGCCACAUUGAGUGUGGAGACCAGGGCUGUGACGGACCAGGUACUGCACACUGCCUCAACUGUGUCCACUUCAGCUCAGGCAGCUUGAAAAGUGGCAGAACCUGCGUGAGCCACUGUCCACUGGGACACUACGGGGACAUAGCGUCUCAUCGCUGUAGACGCUGCUAUAAAGGCUGUGAGGGAUGUGUCGGCCGAUCAGUAGGCGAGUGUCUCUCCUGUCGAAGAGGCCUUUACCUCAACACACUCAACUCCAGCUGCAGCGAUGCCUGCCCUCCAGGUUACUUUGCCGAUGAGAAUCAGAGACAGUGUCUGAAGUGUCACGACACCUGUUCAAGAUGCCUGAGGUUUGCAGACAGAUGCACUGCCUGCAGUGAAGGCUACAGUCUGGCAGGGAUGACUUGUGUCCCUGAAUGCACCAAUGGGACCUUUUUCCACCUGGAAGAGAUGACCUGCAGUCCAUGUCAUUCCUCUUGUAGGACAUGUACAGGGCCGGGUAAGGAGGAGUGUAUCCUGUGUGCUGAGCGCUACCUGCAGCAGGAGUGGAGGUGUGUGCAGACCUGUAGUCCUGGCUAUUACUCCGGAGAGGCAGCAGGAGUCCCUCAUAAGAUGUGUCACAGGUGUGAGGAAAACUGUCUGAGCUGCAGCGGCCCUGGAACGACUUGCACCAGAUGCAAAGAGGGUUACAGUCUGGUCAGCAGGACUUGUAUUGUGAAUGCAUCGUGUCAUAAUGCUGAUGAGGUGUUCUGUGAGAUGGUCAAGUCCAACCGUCUCUGUGAGAAGAAGCUUUACCGUCAGUUCUGCUGCCGCACCUGUCUGAUGAACGGAUGACGAGCCAACCACCUCCCCACACCUCCGUCUCUAACUCUGAGUCAGUCUCGAAAAGAGACGACAACUGAAGUGUUACCAUGUUGUUAAACUUACAUCCGUUACAGUCAUUCAUAGUGAACUAAACUUGCUUUUAAUUUGUACAGGGUGUUAAACCUUUUACAAAUGUUGGAUGUCUCACUUUGGAUUGAAGUGCUUCAGUUGUAUUUUUGAAGGCAGGUGUGAUUUUCAUAAAACAUUUUGUAAACUGCAGUAUGUGUAAUGUGUACAAAUAUUGAAAAUUAAUUGUAUUGAACAUGUACAUAACUGCAUUGUAAUGAUUGUGCUUUUUACAACAUGUACUGUUAAAAAAAACACUGCUUUUAUUCAAAGGUGGUGAAAACUGAGCUUUUAUUUCUGGUUUAUUCCAUUAGUUUGACUUUCUGUACCAUUUCAUGAUCUUAGUUUUAUGUUUCGAGCUGUUGUUGAUGUCCCUUCACCUGUUUCACUGAGUUCAGUGAGUUGAAUAUUUUCAGCUCUGUUAAAAUGUAAAUAAUAAAGCACACUGAGCUUUUUAAAGCCA